UUUUUUUUCUAACUGAAAAAUCGUGAAAAAAACGGGAGUACUGGAUACCGGGAGGACGGCAUGGGAGAACACACGGCGUUUCUGCUGUUACUGGUGGCGACCUUGACGCUCUCAUCCGAGGUUCCUGCUGAUGACUCUGUGGGUUUGCUUACUGAGCCCCAGGUGGCCAUGGUCUGUGGGAAGCUUAAUAUGCACAUCAACGUGCAGAGUGGCAAAUGGGAGUCUGACCCCUCUGGCACCAAGAGUUGCAUAGGCACCAAGGAGGGCAUCCUGCAAUACUGCCAAGAGGUGUAUCCAGAGUUGCAGAUUACAAAUGUUGUGGAGGCCAAUCAGCCUGUCAGCAUCCAGAACUGGUGCAAGAAAGGCCGCAAGCUAUGCCGCAGUCACACACACAUUGUGGUGCCAUAUCGCUGCCUGGUUGGGGAGUUUGUGAGUGAUGCCCUGCUCGUUCCUGACAAGUGCAAGUUCCUGCACCAGGAGCGUAUGGACCAGUGUGAGAGCCACCUGCACUGGCACACUGUAGCCAAAGAGUCCUGCGGAGAUCGCUCCAUGAAUCUCCAUGACUAUGGGAUGCUGUUGCCAUGCGGUAUUGACCGUUUCCGCGGGGUGGAAUUUGUCUGCUGUCCGACGGAGGCGGAACAAGAGUCGGAUAGCGUGGAGCUAGAAGGAGAGGAGUCAGACGUCUGGUGGGGCGGAGUUGAGACUGAAUACACUGAUAACAGCAUGUUGCGUGAGGCCGAUACAGAGCCAGCCACCACCGAGGAUGAUGAAGACGAAGACGAAGAGGCAGGGACUUAUGAAAGGGAUGAGAACGGAGAUGGUGAAAAUGACGAGGAGGAUGAGGAAGACGAGGAGGAUGACGUGAUCAACGAACGGGACAGUGAUGAGCGCACUGCUAACAUCGCUAUGACAACUACCACCACCACCACCACAGAGUCAGUUGAGGAAGUCGUUCGAGCGGUUUGUUGGGCACGUGCUGAGUCAGGCCCGUGUCAUGACAUGCUGGAGCGCUGGUACUUCGUGCCUGAAAAGGGCAGCUGUACUCCCUUCUUGUUUGGGGGCUGUGGGGGCAACAGGAAUAACUUUGACUCGGAGGAGUACUGCCUAGCUGUCUGCAGCAGCUCGUUGCCCACCAUGGCUCCCAGUCCUCCAGAUGCAGUGGAUCGGUACCUUGAAUCUCCUGGGGAUGACAAUGAGCACACUGACUUCCAGAAGGCAAAGGAAAGCCUGGAGGCGAAACACCGUGAAAAGAUGUCCCAGGUGAUGAGGGAGUGGGAGGAGGCUGAGAGACAGGCCAAGAACCUUCCUCGUGCUGACAAGAAAGCUGUCAUCCAGCACUUCCAGGAGAAGGUGGAGGCUCUGGAGCAGGAGGCAGCAGGAGAGAGGCAGCAGCUGGUGGAGACACACAUGGCCCGGGUGGAAGCUCUGCUCAACAGCCGCAGGCGCUUGGCUCUGGAAAAUUACCUCAGUGCCCUGCAGGCUAACCCUCCACGGCAGACUCGUCAGGUGUUGAGCCUGCUGAAGAGGUACAUCCGUGCAGAACAGAAGGACCGGCAGCACACGCUGAAACAUUAUGAGCACGUCCGCACAGUUGACCCCAAGAAGGCCGCGCAGAUCCGACCUCAGGUUCUGACGCACCUACGUGUGAUUGAUGAGAGGAUGAAUCAGUCAUUGGGUCUGCUCUACAAAGUGCCCAGUGUGGCUCAUGAGAUCCACAACCAAGUCGCGGUCAUAGUGCAAAGAGUUCAGGCCGAACUGUCUCAGCAAGUCUCCUCCCUGCAGAGCGAUGGGCGGGUGGACGGCAGGGUGAGUUACGGUAAUGACGCUCUGAUGCCUGAUCAGGCCUACAGCUCUGCUCCCAUGGAGCCUGGCCUUGACGGACUCGGCUUCAUCCAUCCUGAGAGCUUCAAUCAGCCUAACACAGAGAAUCACGUUGAACCUGUUGAUGCUCGCCCUGUUCCAGAUCGAGGGCUUCCCACACGACCUGUGUCUGCCCUGAAGCCAGAAGAGAUGCCAGAAGUGCGGAUGGACACUGAAGAGAGGCAAAGUGCUGGUUACGAAGUUCACCAUCAGAAACUGGUUUUUUUCGCCGAGGAUGUGGGGUCCAAUAAAGGUGCCAUUAUUGGGCUUAUGGUUGGAGGGGUUGUCAUAGCCACCGUCAUUGUCAUCACCUUGGUGAUGUUGAGGAAGAAACAAUAUACUUCUAUUCAUCAUGGCGUAAUUGAGGUGGAUGCAGCGGUGACCCCAGAGGAGCGUCAUCUGGCUAAGAUGCAGCAGAACGGUUAUGAGAACCCUACCUACAAAUUCUUCGAGCAGAUGCAGAACUAAAGAACUGCUCAACAACAUUUUCUUCAGGCUUAUCACAACCCCUCACUCUCACUGAUAGAGUCUGUUCCAUUCUGGUCCCUUGCCCUUAGCCCUCUCACUACCUCUAGUUUCUCACCCUGUUAAGGGGGAGGGACAGGUAUAGGGAGUGCUGUGCAGGCUGAUCUUUAUCUUGCUCGAAAGUUAGAAAAAGAAACCAGUUUAUGCCUCAAGGGUUUGGGCUAGAGGAAACUGAUGGAACACACUUCUUAAUUCCUGUCCCUUGAUUGUACAAAGCAACACUUGAGCAUAAAUUUACCUGCAAUUUGUCAGACAAGGGUACCCUGUUUCACCUGCACAUUUCAGCCAAAUCACAAAUGAAAACUUUACAGUGUUUGUAUUGGAAAAUCCAACAUCCUGUUGACUAUUUAUAUGGAGUCAUUGCAGUACUGCGCUCACAGCUGAGACCAGAAACAUGUAAAA